UAUUGAAGUGAUGAGCAGCAGUUUUCAAUAUACCAACGACUCAAGAAGACGCAUUGGCGGAAGUUUGUUUGAAUACUUUCAAAGUUGGUCUCUCGUGUCAAUUGAUGUAGUACUCGAAAAAGAACAUUUUUGAGUUCGUUUUAGGAGCUUUGCAUUUUAUCUUGCAAUCUCUUCAAUAAUUUUGUGAUAAUACGAAUGAAAUAGAAACAGAUAAAAACAUGAAUAAAUCGUGUUAACUAAAGUUGUUCGAACACAAGUUGGCAUGUUAAGUGAUUUUUUUAUUUUUUCAACCUGUGGAUAUUAUUUCGAUUAGAUAAAACACAAUUAUACAGUUGUUAUUUAAAUAACAUCACCCAGGGUCGUAAAAUUUAAUUCUUUUUUUUCGUUGAAUACUUCGAGUGUUUGUUGUAAAAUUGUUAGUAAUUGAAUUUUUGAGUGGUGGGUUUUAUGUCAUACAAACGAAUUUUUUGAAAAGUUGUAAAAGUACUACAAUUUUUUUUGUUUUUUUUUUUUGCAAUAUCAUCCUAAUUUCUAUAAAAUUGAUGAAAUAAAUCAAAUUCCAAAAUGGUGGAGACAACAACAAAUAACAAUGAAAAUGCAGAAUUCAUUGUUAAAUACAAACAAGAUUUCUACGAUAUAACGAAAUUUUUGAAAAAUCAUCCUGGUGGAAUUAACACCCUUAAAGGUCUCAAUGAAGGCGAUAUGACAGAAAGAUUUAUGAAAGCUCCACCACAUUCGGAUGCAGCAAUGUAUUUGAUGAAUGAAUAUAAAAUCGACAGUGAUAAAAUACCAAAGAAUGGCAAAAAAAUAGCUAACGGUGAUACUAAUAAUAAUCCUAUAAAUGUGAAGCUAGAUGAUAGUAUGGAGCACUUGGUUGAUUGGGACAAAGCAAUGGUUCCUCAGAUUGCAAAAAUCACCGCACAUUACGAUGAAUGGGUUCAUAAGCCAGUGGAUCGGCCGCUUCGUCUAUUUGGACCAUGGUAUUUGGAGGCAUGUACAAAAACUCCUUGGUGGGUGGUACCUACCUUUUGGGUCCCCGUCAUAUUGUACUGUAUAAUCGAUAGAUUUUCAGAUAGCUGGUAUAGAGGAGAAUAUAUAAAGCUUUUUGGACUUUCACUCUAUUUUGGAGUUGGAAUUUUAUUUUGGACUCUUCUCGAGUAUUCUCUUCAUCGUUGGCUAUUUCAUAUGAAGACGAAAGAUACACAAAGUAGUGCCGUUUGUACAAUUCAUUUCAUGCUACAUGGACUACAUCACAAAGUUCCUUUUGACCCACUACGAUUAGUGUUCCCACCUUUACCUGGAGUACUUUUAGCUUCAAUUAUUUAUUUACCCCUUAGUUUCAUGCUGCCAAAUCCAAGAGUUGUACUUGGAGGUGCAUUGUUUGGAUAUCUCUGCUAUGACAUGAUGCAUUACUACCUUCAUUAUGGUAGCCCAACCAGGGAGCAUUUGUAUUACAUGAAAAGAUACCACUAUCAGCAUCACUUUGCCCACCAAGAUCUUGGCUAUGGUAUCAGUAGUCCCCUGUGGGACUUUGUAUUCAAUACAAGGAUUCAUUUGCGAAAAUUGAGAUACAUUUUGAAAUGGAAGUAAAGCGAAGAGUACCGUCACGGGUUUAAAAUUAAGUUUUUUUUUUAGUUUUUAAGUUAUUUAAAAUGUUUGUUUAAUACAUGACUGCUUGCAGUUGUAUAACCCAAAAGUGGUUCUUCUGCCAACAAUUAUAAGGAUCGAUUUAUAUUUAUUUCUUGAACAAAAAUUGUGUGCCGUAAAACUGGAUUUUUUGUUUUACAAUCCCAAACAUUUUUUUAGAAAUAAAAUUUGAAUAAAAUAUUA